UGCGGCCGCGGGGUCCCGAAGCCAGGCGGCAGCGGCAGGAGGGCGCCAGGGCCGUCGGGUGGGCUGAGGAGAAGCGUGCACCGGGCGGCCGGCGCUGGCUCCUGCGGGCGGGAGACCGGAGCGGAGGAGGGGGUCGCUGCGGCGCGGCAGUCCGCGCAGCUCCCGGGUCGGGGUCUCCUCCCGGCGCCUCGGUCGCCCGCGGGGCCCCGCUCCCCGCCCCCCGCGGUAUGUCUUGAUCUCGAGCAGCGGGUUUCAUGGGGCUCCUCAGGAUUAUGAUGCCGCCCAAGUUGCAGCUGCUGGCGGUGGUGGCCUUCGCGGUGGCGAUGCUCUUCUUGGAGAACCAGAUCCAGAAGCUGGAGGAGUCCCGGGCGAAGCUAGAAAGGGCAAUUGCAAGACAUGAAGUCCGGGAAAUUGAACAGCGACAUACAAUGGAUGGCCCUCGGCAAGAUGCAACUUUAGAUGAAGAAGAGGAUAUAGUCAUCAUUUAUAACAGAGUUCCCAAAACUGCAAGCACCUCCUUUACCAAUAUCGCCUAUGACUUGUGUGCAAAGAAUAGGUACCAUGUUCUUCACAUCAACACUACCAAAAAUAAUCCAGUAAUGUCACUGCAGGAUCAGGUACGCUUUGUAAAGAAUAUAACCACCUGGAACGAGAUGAAACCAGGGUUUUAUCAUGGACACAUUUCCUAUUUGGAUUUUGCAAAAUUCGGUGUGAAGAAGAAGCCGAUUUAUAUUAAUGUCAUCAGGGACCCUAUCGAGAGGCUAGUUUCCUACUAUUACUUUCUGAGGUUUGGAGAUGAUUACAGACCAGGAUUAAGGAGACGGAAACAAGGAGACAAAAAGACCUUCGAUGAGUGUGUGGCUGAGGGUGGCUCAGACUGUGCUCCGGAGAAGCUCUGGCUUCAGAUCCCAUUCUUCUGUGGCCACAGCUCAGAAUGCUGGAAUGUGGGAAGCAGAUGGGCUAUGGAUCAAGCUAAGUAUAACCUAGUUAAUGAGUACUUCCUGGUGGGAGUGACUGAAGAGCUGGAAGACUUCAUCAUGUUACUGGAGGCAGCCCUGCCCCGCUUUUUCCGGGGUGCCACAGACCUCUAUCGUACAGUAGGAAAGAAAUCCCACCUGAGGAAAACCACAGAGAAGAAACUGCCCACCAAGCAGACCAUCGCGAAGCUGCAGCAGUCCGACAUCUGGAAGAUGGAGAACGAGUUCUAUGAGUUCGCGCUGGAGCAGUUCCAGUUCAUCAGAGCCCACGCCGUCCGGGAGAAGGACGGGGACCUCUACGUCCUGGCCCAGAACUUUUUCUAUGAAAAGAUUUACCCGAAGUCGAACUGAGUGCGCGUGGCCAAAGCAGUGUUGAGCCUGAGCGCGGCUCCGCUGUCACCUCCUCCAGCCUCCCCAGCUGCUUUGCUGACACUGUGUCAGCCGCUCUCACUGGGCUGAGUUAGGAACAGACGGGAAUGUCAAGGAACCAGAUGCUGAGUGGGAGUCAGUGUUCUAAGGAGAGUUUAAGUUUAAGGCAUUGUUAUUUUUGUUACUUUGUUUUCAUUUUUGUGGUAGUUGUGAUCUCCUCCCAGUGAGGGGGAUCUUACAUCAUCUAAAAUACACACAUGCCGGUUUAGUCAGAAGGCUGAACACCGUUUCAGAAGAGGUUCUUGAUUCCCUUGCUUUUGAUAGUGCAUUUCUUCACCUUCUUUGGAUGAAGAUGAAUCUGUUUGACACUUCACCUUCUGGAGGUUUGUGUUGCACAGUUCUGCUGGAGAGUGCUAAUAACUGUUUGCCAGGGUCUGAUUUGUUUUUGUGAACCGUGCCUCACAAAAUUUAUUGGAAUGUUUGAUCAUGUUUUCUCAGAACUAUUUCUGCUGUAGUUGGGUUUGCCCGUAUUUAUGUAGGCUUUAUUUCAUUUUAUUUUUUGAAUGAUAAUUAGUGUUAAAGAAAUCAGCUUAAAACCAUGAAUAAUACUAUAAAAAGACAAAACAGUUCAAGCAGUAUUCCUGAUUCCUGUCCCCAGUAUCGAAUAUUGGGGCGGUAUUUCUAAGAAUGUUGACAACAUUAUCUGAGGCUUUCUUAAUGAUUUCCACAUAUUAAUAUCAAAAAGGUGAGUUUAGUAUUUGUUUCUCCAUGGCUUAUGUGUAACCCAGUACACUGAAGUAUCGGUGAUUCCAUAUGGCGACUCCAUCAGUGAGCUGUGAUCAGUGAGCUGUGAUGUGGGUAGGAUUUUCCUACUUCUGUACUUUUACCUGUAGACUAUUUUUACUAUGGUGCUUUAUAAUGUGUUUUAAAGCAUUGCAUUUACAAAAGAAAAAAGGAAAAUGCUGUAAAUAUUGCAUAUUUUAUGUAUUUGGACCAAAAAGUUACAAGAAAGUAGACAAAAGUGGUUUUGCACCGAUUUUAUUAUGUCGAGUAAAGUCAUCAGACCUCCUAUUCUUGUAUUUCUCCUUUAACUUUACUGUUGUGAUGUCACCGAGCUAAUGAGCUAGUGUAGCCUUUCAAUUUUGAUAGAGAACAUCACUCACCCCUGAGGCGGCAGUAGUGAUAUUGGAAAGAGUAUUAGACGGCGUGAGCAUUUGAUUUCCGGUUCCAGCCUGCUGUGGCCCCCUCACAGGGCUGUUGUGAGGACUAAGGUGGCAUGGUGAGAGCACUUUGGAACUGUCAGGCGGUGGUUGAAUGGAAGUGUCUCACUAACACAUAGUUUCAUACUACCCAUUCUUUUAACAACAAAAAGGGAAAAUCCACUUUUAAGCUUUAUGAGAAAAAAAAACUUUAUCUUGAUAUAAAUUUGUGUUUGAUAAAUCUCCUCUCAGUGUUUUAUCUUCCAUGUUUCAGCGACUGUUGAAAUGUGAAUACCUGUGAACUCUAGUGACUCAGGAUCUUCAGAAGCUGAGGAGGAGGAAAAACCUUCUGCAAACGUGAAAGAUGUUCCUGUUUUCACUUGACCUUGUCAUUCACAAAUGGCGGCUAUUUUACACCUCUGGUUUUUAAAGUGUGUUUUGUAGAGCUUAAUUUCCUAUUCAUUCUUCACCUUCUCCCUCUUCAGAUUCAGAAUUUAGAUUCCUCUCAGACUUUUCUAAUGGAGUAAUUAUUUAUAUGUUUAGUCUAACUAUUUCUGAACAGGACCUCAUCAAACAAAGCGUUUUCGACAGAGGCUUUAAAGGUUAUUUAUUGUGUAAUAAAAGGAGCAAAGGACACUGCGUAUCGGAAAGCACUUACAGAGACUAAAGGGAGGACAGUGUCACCCUGCCCCCAAUAUGAAAAUACUAAGAGAACAUAGCAGCAUUUCCCCUUGCCUCUCUAUCCCCACUUCCCAUUGGAAGUUUCUAGGGAUCCGCUAAAAACAAGUUGGCUUUUUGCCCAAAGCCACUUCUAGGCAGGCAUUUGGCUGUUGAGUAAAUCUGAGGUUGUUCUUGGGAGUCAAAGCAAAAAUCUUUUAGGUAAUUAGGGUAGCACUUAGUACACUAGCUGGCAUUCCAUAAACUGUUCUUGUAAAAGACUGGAGUAAAUAUGUCAGCUGUCUGUCACAGCCACUCAACUCUCAUUGUUGCAAAGAAGCUUCACAGACAAUAUAAGACCAAUGACCAUGAUUAUAGCCCAGUUAAACCUUAAUUUACAAAAUGGACAACAUGCUAGAUACAGGCCAUGAGCUGCAGGCCCAUGCACUGUAAGGAAUCAUCACGGAGAAGCCAUGUCUGUGUCUGAACCAAGUGCCCCAGUGAGUUUCUCUACAACCCAAAGCUCUCAGAUUGUGACCCAAGAACUGCUUUCUGACUUAGUUUCUCCCGUGGCUUCCAUUUUAUAUAUAUCGCUUCCAGGUGACCAUAUUUUCCCAAUUUACCAGGUCAAAAUCAGAACAUUAUUUCUUUUUGGAGUGAGUGGGUUCAAAGUGUCCUUUCCAAGGACUGAGAAAGGGGUAGAUUUACUUCUGUUUGAUUCAGUAUAGUCCUAGGAGUCUGAGUCCUUAGAGUAUAUAACUUUAUAAUCAAAUAAAUAGAACCACUGAGACAAUGUGUAUUUUUUAAACGUGGCAAAUGUGCUUUUCCUUUUUUUUUUAGCCUUUGUGUUUUUUCAGUAAUUUGACCAUAGGGAGAUUGUUUUUAUAUGAUAGUAAAACAAAUUAACAACUUUGAAUUUUGAAGAUAAUGUAUAUGUGUAUAUGUAUCUAUAUAUCUACGUUUAUUUCCUACAAGACGAGAGGUAGCUUUGUGUUCAACUUGUACCAACUGUUUUCUUAUUGCUGUGAAUGGCAACUGUUGAUAAAUCAUUGUGUUUUAAAAUGUGGUGGGGAGGAUUUAUUUUGAUUUUUACCCGCUUUAAUCUGUAAAGUGUCACUUAAAUAUAACUGAUAGCAACACUUGCA